AAUAUAGAAGAGGAAGGAGCUAUAAGAGCUCAUUAGUCAUUUUUCCUCUAAUUAUAGUUUCAUUUCAAAAAUUCUGUGAUCGUGCGAUAAACCCUAGGAGAGAGAAUUUGAAAAGGCGAGAGAAAUCAAGAUGACUGGAGAAAUUGACAACAACAACAAUGGUGGAAACAGUGCUUUUAACGAGGAUAAGAAACCUGCUACUGAUCAAUCUACUCACAUCAAUCUCAAGGUCAAGGGUCAGGAUGGCAAUGAGACAUUCUUUAGGACCAAGCGCACAACAGCUUUGAAGAAGCUUAUGGGUGCUUACUGUGACCGUCAAUCUGUUGACGUGGAAUCCAUUGCUUUCUUGUUUGAUGGUCGUCGACUUCGUGGAGAACAGACUCCUGAUGAGCUGGAGAUGGAAGAUGGUGAUGAGAUUGAUGCAAUGCUGCACCAGACUGGAGGUUACUAAUGGAGAUAUAUUGCGAAUAGAUUAGAAUUACUGUUUUAUUAUUAUUAGUAGUAUGCUAUUAUUAGCUUUGUUAAGGGAGGGUGAAAAAGUUUUUCAGAACCCAAUUUUCACUCAUACUGCCGAUCUUGGGGACGUUGAUCUCUAAAUAUUAUUAUCCCGUAGUACACUAGUACUCUGUAUCCAUGAAGUUGAACUUAAGGGAAACAGGAAUGUUAUAUGCAAAGUUCUUUAUUGUAGCUAA